UUUAGAAAAUAUAAAAUUAUUUUAUUUUUUUUUUUACCUAGUUGGGGGGUCCAGUUUAUCCAUCAACAAUCAACACCAUCAACAUUAAAAUUAAUUAUUUAUUUAUCAUCAAAGAAUGCUGCUGCUGCUGACUCUCUCUGUGGUUCAACUGACACGCGCAGAAACGACCCUGCAAUAAUAUUCUCUCUCUUGGCUGCUCUUGGCAGAAUAAUUAUUAAAAUAAUUAUUAUGGUGAUUUUAAAUUUAUAAAUGAAAAAAACACAACGGCGCGAGAGAGACAUGUAUCUCAGCUCAACGGCGCAAUGGACUUGUUGACAUCUCCAAAACGUCCAAAAAAACUGGAUAAAAUGGUUGGAAUUGGAAGAAAAAAUAAAUUUAAAAAUCAAGAAGAUGUUAAUUUUAAACAAGAAUCAAGUACUGAUCCAGAGCAAUCAAUGUCAGAGACAGAAUUUGAUGGUAUUCAAGAUCAAGAUGACGAAAUGAUUGGAGCAAAUGAAAAUUAUUUUAUGGAAACAAUAAAACAAGAAGAAAUUGAUCCAUUAUUUAUUGAUAAAAGUGAUAUUGAAGUAUCAAAUUCAUAUUUAUCAUCAUCAUCAUCAUUUGAUGAUGUAAAUAUUGAACAAUCUCAUAAUGAAAAAGCACGAGUUACAGCUUACACCCUGUGGGCCAAAAAUAUUCGUAAAGAAUUGACUGAAAAAUGUCCAUACAUGGAUUUUACUGCAAUAUCAAAACGUCUUGGUGCACUCUGGGCAACUGUUCCAAAUACUGAAAAACAUAAAUGGCGAAAACGUGCGAAACAUUUAGCUGAUAUAUAUCGAAAUAAUAAUCAAACAUUAAUUAAAAAAACAUCAAUGAGAAAAAGAAAAACUAAAAAUUCUAUGGAAAGUCCAAUGGCAUUUGGUAUUUCAUCAUCAACAAAUGAUAAUAAUUCAUCAAGUAAUAAUAAAAUAAGUAAAAAAUUAAUAAAUGAUCCUGUUAUUGGUACAGGAACAUACAAAGUCAUUGGUACUGAGCCAGUUGAUGUUGCUGCAUAUUUAAAAUUACUUGGUGAAAGUUUAAUGAUUAUUGGUAAACGUCUUAAAGAACAUGAGGGUCAAAUUGCUGUAUCAGGAAGUGUAUCAGUACUUCUUGAUUCUUUAUUAUGUGCAUUGGGUCCAUUGAUGUGUUUAACUAAACAAAUACCAGAAACAGCAACAUCAAUUAGUCAAAAUACACUUACAAAUAUGCUUGAUAAUAUCUCAUAUAUAAUGCCUGGAUUGUAAAUUUAAUUUAAUUAAAUUAAUUAUAAUAAUAUGUGA